AUGACUUCGGCCCCGACUAUCCUUGCGACGUGCAAGCAGACGCGGUUUCAUUUGCUGGAUGGGAAUCCAUCAACCGAGAUUGAUGUAGAGGGUCUGUGUAUUACUAUCGCCUCUGCUGCAGCAGACUCCACAGACGAAGCGUCAAAACCAAAGAUCAAAGGGAAGUCCAAGGCGAAGGCAUCUGGAAAAGAGCUUAUAUCCGACGCUCAUCUUCGUCUGAAAGGUGGUGUUCACUAUGGUCUCCUCGGGCGCAAUGGAACGGGAAAGUCCACCCUCCUGAGAGCAAUGGCAGAUAAACUCAUCCCCGGUAUCCCUCAUGUGACCCGCGUUGCAAUUCUCCAGCAAACAGGAGUGGAAGAUGAAUCUGGAGGCUACGGAAGCUUGAGACUAGACAGGACCAUCCUGGAUGCAGUUCUCAGCAGUGAUGAAACCAGAAAUGAGACUGUGCGCACGGCAGAAUGUGAGAAUACAUAUACCUCUAUUCACAUCGAAACGCUCGUGACUGACGAAGAGCUAGUCCUUUCUAAAAGCUUCGAUACGGAAGAUCCGCUGGAACCUGUCAAGGCGAUUCGCAAGAUUCAAUAUCAACAGGCAGAGUUGAAUCUUUUCCUGGCUCAUAAGAAUGCCGAUCUGAAAAGUGGGGCGAGGGGGUUUCAGGCUAGAAAGGAUCUUAAGACUGCCGAGGCGAAUAUGGAGUCUGUUAGUGAACGACUCUCUCAAGACCCCGAGAACAUUGAUGCAGACGCCGUUCAGGUGGAUACACAAGCCGCGGCAGAGACACUACAGACCUUGCAAUCGCAGAUCGAAGAUAUGAACCUGGCAGACAUGGACAAAGAAGCUCGUCGGAUUCUUCUAGGCCUCGGAUUCAAAGAAGAAACCUUUGAGAAAAAGGUCUCUACCCUAUCAGGCGGUUGGCGGAUGCGAUGUUUGCUCGCAAGCGUCCUGGUCCAGUCCCCGGACAUCAUGAUUCUCGACGAACCGACCAAUUAUUUGGAUCUUCUAGGAGUGAUCUGGCUCGAGAACUAUCUCCAGCAACUACGCGAGACAUCGGAAACAACGAUCCUUCUAGUCUCGCACGAUCGCGACUUCAUCAACGCCGUCUGCGAGGAGAUUGUGAUUCUACGAGAUCAGAAAUUCACCUAUUUCCGAGGCAAUCUCGCUGCCUACGAACAAGACUUUGAAGAGCAGAAGCUUUACAGGGGACGCAUGAAGGAAGCACAUGAGCGACAGAAAGCACAAAUGGAGGCGAGUAUUCGCGAGACCGUGAAGGCCGGGAAGAAAACCAAUGACGAUAAUAAGCUCCGGCAAGCGAAGUCCCGACAGAAGAAAGUGGAUGAUCGGAUGGGUCUGCAAGUCAGUGCCAAUGGACAUCGUUUCAAGCUCAAUCGUGAUAUGGCCGGGUACUUUCUCACUUCCCGCGCGGAGAUCGAGGUGCCACAGGAUGAGCGAGGCGCAUCGAUGGCGCUGCCGGAUGUGACGGAUCUGCGGUUUCCUGGGCCCUUGGUGUCGCUAGAAGGGAUCAACUUUUCAUAUCAGAAGAACGGUCGGCUCAUUCUAGAUGAUGUGCAUCUCGUGGUGCAUAUCGGUGAUCGCGUGGGUAUCAUGGGGCUCAAUGGGUCUGGCAAGACUACUUUGGUCCGUAUUUUGAACGGCCAGAUCCCGCCGUCAAAGGGCAAGGUCUCAACCCAUCCACGACUGAAGGUGGGCUACUAUGGCCAGCAUUCAGUCGAAGAGUUGCAGGAGCGCGGUCGGAGUGAGCCUCAUCUGACCGCACUGGGAUUGUUGACGGCCGAGACACAAGGCCAUCUCGAUGAAGGGGCCAUUCGCGGCCUGCUCUCGUCCAUGGGUUUGGCUGGCCGCAUUGUUUCCGAUGUACCCGUGGCCAAACUGUCUGGUGGACAACUAGUCCGGCUUGCCCUAGCACGAAUCGUCUGGACAUCACCACAGCUGCUGGUUCUGGAUGAAAUUACCACUCAUUUGGACUUCCACACCGUGACCGCAUUGGCUACCGCGCUUUCCUCGUUCAACGGGGCCAUUAUUCUCGUUUCGCACGACCGGUUCCUGGUCCGAUCUGUGGUUGAAGGGAAGCGAGAUACGGAGCACAAGCUUGAUGAGGACUUUGAGGGCGUUGAAGAGGAGGAAUCCACAGAAUCUACCCCGCGACGCCGGUCAGUGUAUGUGCUCAAGGCGGGCAAGCUGAACGAGCAGUCGAAUGGAGUGGAGCAGUUUGAGAAGAGCCUUGUUAAGCGGGUGCAGAAGCUACUCAAGCAGUAA